CCACUUUAACCCGAGCCAAGGCAUGGGCGCCUCUACCUCCAGCUAGUAGCUACGCUCUUACGGCGGUGUGCUUGACUAGUUCACGUCUCUAACAGCUUUCGCUUCUCGAAUUCCGAAAAUCAAAAGCAGCAAUGUUAAAACCAUAUCAUCUCCCAUCAGUAGCUUCACCUGCCCUCUUCGCUCUUAAACUCUCAGUAAGUCCCACGCUUUCCCUCUCUUCUCUUUCUUCAUCGCCUUCUCACCUCCAUAAACUCUCUACUUUUGCUCCACUCAUUAGCUUUCUCCCCAAAAUCUUCAUACACAAUUCAUCUUCUCGGUUCUUUAACCGGUCCCUUCCCAUGCUAGGCCCUACAUAUCGCAAAGCUUCUUUUAGUUCUGGAAGUGGCUCAGCAGAUGCAAGAGAGAUAUUGGUGCAGCAUUUGCUUGUUAAAGAAGAUGACCAGAAGUUGUUGUUGGAGCUUCAACAGAGAAUUUCAGGAGGAGAGGAUUUGAGUGACCUUGCUUUGGAAUAUUCAAUAUGCCCAUCCAAAGCAGAGGGAGGAAUGCUUGGGUGGGUCAGAAAAGGAGAUAUGGUACCAGAGUUUGAGGAAGCUGCAUUUAGUGCCACUUUGAACAAAGUUGUAAGAUGUAAAACUAAAUUUGGGUGGCAUUUGUUGCAAGUUCUUUCUGAGAGAGAAGGAUCUUUACUUCAAGACAUUCAACCAGAUGAGUUUCAUGUUAAAAUGCAAGAUCCCAAGUUUGUUGAACUGGGUCAAUUGAUUGAUGUUCGAGAACCUAAUGAAGUGGCAAGAGCUUCUCUGCCAGGUUUUGAGGUUCUUCCCCUCAGCCAAUUUGGAAACUGGGGGCCUGAAAUAACCGCCAAGUUUGAUCCUCAGAAAGAUACCUAUGUCAUGUGUCACCAUGGGGUGCGAUCAUUACAGGUUGCAAAGUGGUUACAGACACAGGGUUUCAAGAGAGUAUUUAAUUUGGCUGGAGGAAUACAUUCAUAUGCUGUCAAGGCUGAUCCGUCGGUUCCUAUGUAUUGAUAGAGUUUGCCAUUGCAUUAAUUCUCAUACAGUUCUAAUUGGAACUGUUAUUCAACUGCAUAUGUGUUCCUAGAAAAAGAAAAUUGGAUGAUAAUGUACCUCCUGUGAUAAGUUACUGACGAUUUUUUACGGAUUUUCUUCCCGGGAAAAUAAAGGAAUGAGUUUGUUAUGUUUCUAUGUCAAUGAUCCAA